UCUGGUUGUUGACAGUUUCCUUGUUUGUCCUCGUAGGGAUUCCGUAGUUGAGGUGACCUCUGCGAGCCUUGUGAUUGGUGCGGCUGUUCGGCGAGGAGUCAGCGUGUGUGGUGUGCAGACAGUUCCCACCUGAUCUGAUCCAGGAGCGGGGGCAGUGAAAGCAUUGCUGAUUUUUUAUACUCGUAUUUUAACAAAGCGCUCAAGGGUUUUUUGAAAAUGGCAUCUUCAAGUCGGACUCAGGUGUUAAAUCUGUACAAAAUAAUGUUAAGAGAAAGCCAGAAGUUCAGUUCCUACAACUACAGAACCUAUGCCAUCAGAAGGAUAAGAGAUGCUUUCAGAGAAAAGAAGAACAUUGAUGAUUUUCAUGAAGUGCAAACCCUAGUUUACCAGGCUAAAGACAACUUGGACAUCAUUCGGCGACAGGCUUCAAUUGGACACCUAUAUGCCACUCAGAAGUUGGUCAUUGAAUCAUCUGAAAGCCAGUGAUGCCAAUUAUCUUUCCUAGGAACUUCUGUAUUGAAUGACUGUCGCGUCUGCCCGCGCCUUCUCAAAUCUUCACAUUGCAUAAUGAGACUCUUGUUUUGCUAGCUGCUAUAUUUUAACUAAUCUACUUUUGGUGGGAGAAAUGCUACUUUGUACUAAUGUUUAAACAAACAAGAGCCCAUCUUUACUGUCUUGUACAUGCAGAUGGCAACUUGGGCAUCCAAAAGACAUCACAUGCAGUCCUUCAUGUGCUCACUGGUGUAAAAUAACAUUAAAGCCAUAUAAGCGCUAGUUACAGCUUACUUCCUGUCAAAAUAAAAGCUGGCAAGAGACAAUAAAGUAAAGUAUACUUUGAUAAAUCUGUAAAAGAAAA